AUGAAGGAGAAUACUCAUCGUAUAGAUGAAAAAUUAGAUCGUAUCAAUGAUAUGGUUAACCAAACAGCUCUUGAUACGGAACUACAUCACGAAACACUGGUUGACUCUAUUGUUGAUGAUAUUCGUAGUUUGAUGAACAAAAGAAAGAAUAUUCGAAAUAUGUUUGUCGUUACUCAUGUUGAACAUGGAAAAUUAACAUCAACUGAUUCGUUUGUAUGCAAAGCUGAUGAAAUUCAUUUUACAGAUACAGCAAAAGAUGAACAAGAACGAUCUAUUACAAUUAAAACAACGCAGGAUUAG